CAACAAUAGUAGCAGUAACAGACAAUUAACUCCGCAUCUCUUUUUCAUUUUUUUCCGUUAUCUGAAAAGCUUCCAAGCAGGGCCGGGGCCACCAGCAUGUGCCAAAAAUACUACUAGUACGACUGCUUUCAAACUUGCUCAAGCUUAUUUUCUUACCAAAUCAAAUGCUUCAGUCGCCCGAAACCCAAUUAAUCUUUUUUUUUCUUUCAUUUUUUUUCUCCUUUUUUUCUUAAAAACUUCCCCCAGACAUUACUUUUUUUCACUAACUAAAACCUAAAACAGUUUUUAGUUUUUAGGUUUUUCACAGCCCUUCUCCUUUUUUUUAGAGACAAAAAUGUCAUCACCAUCACCAGGGGCUACCCCAGCCCCAACAUCACCGCCAUCAACCAAUACUUCAUCCCCACCGCCAGCAGCCGCCACAACUCCGCCGCCAACUAACACGCCCUCCCCACCACCCGCCAAUCCAUCUCCAUCUCCACCUCCAGCCACCCCAUCAGCUCCUCCGCCUUCAAACACCCCAUCCCCUCCUCCCUCUACGUCAUCACCUCCCCCUUCUUCCUCUACCUCCCCUCCGCCUCCUGCCACCACAUCUCCACCCCCAUCAUCAUCCAAUCCUUCCCCUCCGCCUCCUUCUACGUCAACCCCAUCGCCACCAAUCCCGAGAAGUCCGGGGACUUCAUCGCCACCACCAUCUUCGAGGAGUUCGGGGACUCCGUCUCCUCCCCCGCCGUCGUCUUCGUCUGAUUCGGGCAGUGGGGUGUCGACGGAACUGGUAGUGGGGAUAGCUAUAGGAGGAGUGGCGAUAUUGUUGGUUUUGAGUUUAUUGUUUAUAUGUUGUCAGAAGAAGAGGAGAAGAAGAGAUGAGGAAAGUUACUAUGUGCCUCCUCCACCUCCAAGGCCUAAAGAUGAUCCAUAUGGUGUCCAGCAGUAUCAGUGGCAACAAAAUCCUCCCCCGCGUGCGGAUCGAUGUGGUGCAGUGCCUCCAAAACCCAGUCCUCCACCAGUUACAGCAUGGCGACCUCCAUCUCCAGGACGCUCUCCUACACCUCCAAUGCCACCUUCUCCACCACCCCCACCUUUCAUGAGCAGCAGUGGAGGUUCUGGCUCUAAUUAUUCUGGUUCUGAAAACCCACUUCCACCACCCCCACCUGGUAUUGCAUUAGGUUUCUCAAAGAGCACAUUUACCUAUGAGGAAUUAGCAAGGGCAACAGAUGGCUUCUCAGAUGCAAACCUCCUUGGACAAGGUGGUUUUGGAUAUGUGCACAGAGGAGUUCUCCCAAAUGGGAAGGAAGUAGCAGUCAAGCAACUGAAGGCUGGAAGUGGGCAGGGGGAGAGAGAAUUUCAGGCUGAAGUUGAGAUUAUCAGCCGUGUUCAUCACAAACAUCUUGUCUCACUGGUUGGAUACUGUAUCUCUGGGACAACAAGAAUGCUUGUUUAUGAGUUUGUUCCAAACAAUACUUUGGAGUUUCACUUGCAUGGAAAGGGGCGACCAACCAUGGAUUGGCCAACUAGGAUGAAAAUUGCUUUAGGAUCUGCGAAAGGACUGGCAUAUCUUCAUGAAGAUUGUCAUCCUAAGAUCAUUCAUCGUGAUAUUAAGACGACUAAUAUUCUUUUGGACUUCAAGUUUGAGGCAAAGGUUGCUGAUUUUGGUCUGGCAAAGUUUUCUUCUGAUGUCAACACACAUGUCUCCACCAGGGUGAUGGGUACUUUUGGGUAUUUGGCUCCUGAGUAUGCUUCAACUGGAAAACUCACGGACAAAUCAGACGUUUUCUCCUUUGGGGUCAUGCUUUUGGAGUUGAUUACCGGACACAGACCCGUUGGCUCUUCUAAUAUGGAAGACAGUUUGGUGGACUGGGCUAGGCCUUUGCUCACAAGAGCUUUGGAUGAUGGAAACUUUGACAGUCUGGUUGAUCCAAAGUUACAAAAGGAAUAUAACCACAAUGAGAUGGGUCGCAUGGUUGCUUGUGCUGCUGCUUGCGUGAGACAUUCAGCACGACGUCGACCACGAAUGAGCCAGAUAGUCCGUGCUUUAGAAGGAGAUGCAUCAUUGUCUGAUCUCAAUGAAAGAAUGAGACCUGGACACAGCAAUGUUUACAGCUCUUAUGGAAGCUCAGACUAUAACACAAGCCAAUACAAUGAAGACAUGAAAAGGUUCAGGAGGAUGGCAUUGGGCUCGCAGGAAUAUGGUGCUAGUAGUGAGUACAGUGAGCCCACCAGCGAAUAUGGUUUAUACCCUUCUGGCUCAAGCAAUGAAGGCCAAACGACCCGGGAAAUGGAGAUGGGAAAGAUGAAGAAGAAUAGCCAAGGCUUUAGCGGAAAUUCAACCUCUUGACGAUAAUAUUGCCACAUUUCUUUGUAAAGGCCCCAUUCCUUUUCUUUUUCAUACUAUGACUUGGAUGUCGCAGUGAUUGCAAAAACUGGCGUGUUUUUUCAUGAGAUAACACACAAAUUUUUAUCCCUAUAAUUUUUUAAAUCAAGGGUUUUUGAUUGAUUUGUAUUUAUUAGUGAUUCACAAAAAGUAAAUAAUGGAUUCAUUUUGGUAGAUUAUUUUUAUUUGUUGCGUAAAUGUUAAUAUCAAUUUGGUUUGCUGAGACCUUACUUUCUACAUUGAUUUGUUGUUAAUUUUUUCCUGUCAGCAUGCUUGGAUUCCUUUGUUCGGUGGGUGACAUUAGAACCUAGCUAGCUUGUUAGCAUUUAAAUCAAGUUUCCAGCUAGGACUCACCAUCUUUUUUUUCUGACAAAGAAAAACCAAAUCUAAGGCUUAAAUGUCACGCUCACUUAACUAGAAACGGGAUAGAUUCAGUUCAUGCUGUCACGUUCCAUUACAGAAAUUAUUGAAAACGAGAAAAGUGGCCAGCACUUUG